GCUAGCCUCAGCGAGGACACCUUGCAGCUCUCACCACACUCAGUCUCUCUCUGCACCUCGAGAGAGCGAGGCCCCGAGUGUGUGUCUACGCAGAGGGAGGGAGACUUGGAGAAUAAUCUAAUAACCACUAUUGUUACCCCACCCACUCACACCGCUCCAACCCUCUCCCGUCGCUUCGAGUCAGCUCCGCUCAUGAAAUUUCCCACUGCUUUGUUUCUUCCCACCGCCCAGCUCCUCUGCAACUGAUUGUACCUGUUGCAGGACACGACAUUCCCAACGAACCAUUGCCCUGACCCCCGUACCCACCCGCCCUAGAGGGCGUACAUAGUCAUGGACGACGGCCCUCCACCUCCCCCACCUCCACAUGGUGCCAAUCCAAAGACAACUGGAGGCAGUCAUGCUCCUCCCGAACCCCCUCCUACCGGCGGUCUCCCCCCGGGCAACUAUGACAUCUUCAUCAUUCCUCCACACUCCUCAGGGGGCGGCUUCAUAUACCUGCCCAGCCUGGGUGUGCAACAGAACAGCUUCAUAGCUGGUGUACUCAGUACCAUAGCCAGUAUAGUCCUUUGGAAAGCUGCUGAGCCACACGUCAAACAAUAUUUCCUCAUCGUCAGGCAUGGAGUCACAACUGGCGGCAAUGGUGUCAUUCUCCUAGCUGUCCUCAUGCUCCUUGCCGGAUGGGCUUUUGGCCAGACACAGGCCGGACGGCGAUUCAAUGGCGGGGGUGGCGCGGCGUACGGCAAUGGGCCACGCGGCGGACCUGGUGCUGGCUCAGGUGCUGGUGCUGGUGCCGGUAACUCUGGAAGCAGCUCCAGCUACCAGCGAGCACCCCCACCACCGCCUCGAAACGGUGGCUUCCCAGGCAGCCCCCCGCCUCAUGGUGGAUGGGGUGGGUACCGACAAUACGGCUCCGCAUCGUCACCGCCUCCACAAGACGACGGGCCUUCCUCAGACGAAGAGGCUGAGCGAGCUGAAGAAGAGCGGAAGCGCGCCGAAGAAAAGCAGAAGCGUGCGGAGGAGAAGGAGAAGAAGGCGAAACAGGAAGAAGAGCGCAAGCAAGCUGAAGAGGCCAAAAGGAAACAAGAAGAGGAAGCCGAACGUAAACGUGCCGAGGAAAUCGAGCGUGAGCGCGCCGAGAAAGCAAAGAUAGCAAAGGCACAAGAAGAGGAGCGUAAGCGUGCUGAGGAGUUCAAGCGCCAAGCAGAGGAGGCUAGAAAACAAGCAGAGGAGGCCAGAAGACAAGCCGAAGAGGUCAAGCGACAAGCAGAAGAGGCCAAAAGGCAAGCUGAGGAGGCCAGAUUGAAGGAAGAAGCCAGACUCAGAGAAGAAGCCAGACUCAGAGAAGAAGCUAGACUCAGAGAAGAAGCCAGGCUGAAGGAAGAAGCUCUGCUCAAGGAGGAAGCUCGACUCAAGCAAGAGGCUCGACUCAAGGAAGAGGCUCGACUCAAAGAAGAGGCUCGACUCAAAGAAGAGGCUCGACUCAAAGAAGAAGCCAGACUCAAAGAAGAAGCCAGACUCAAGGAAGAAGCCAGACUUAAGGAAGAGGCAAGAAUCAAGGAGGAGGCUAAACUCAGAGAAGAGGCAAGAAUCAGGGAGGAGGCUAGAUUGGAAGAAGAGGCCAGAUUGAAAGAGGAGGCCAGGCUCAAGGAAGAAGCCAGACUGAAGCGCGAGGCCGAGGAGAAGAAAAAAGCCGAGGAAGAGAGAAGGAGGCGCGAGGCCGAACAGCAAAGGCUUGCCGAAGAGGAGAGGCAAAGGCAAGAGGAAGCCGAACGACAGCGUAUAGCAGAGGAAGAACGCAAAGCCGAGGAAGAGCGUCGCCGGGCUGAAGAAGCCCGACUAGCUGCUGAGGCGGCCAAGAAGAAGAAGGAAGAAGAGGACCGUCGGCGAGCGUGGGAGGAGCUUAAACGAGCAGAAGAAGCACGGCAGAAGAAGGAGGCAGAGCAAAAAGCCAAGGAAGAAGCAGCUAAACUUGCGCGUGCCAAAGCUGAGAAGGAGAAGUGGGAGCAGAUGCGCAAACGUGAGCGAGAGCAGCGUGAACGUGAGGCACGAGAACGCCUGGCCAAGGAGAAAGCCCGCAAGCAACAAGAGGCUUUGGAGAAGGAGAAAGCAGAGCGUGAGGCACGCGAAGCAGAAGCACGAGCUCAGAUCGAAAAGGAGAUUCGCGAAAAGCUCGAAGCCGAACAGAGAGCCAAGGCCGAAGAGGAGGCUGCGAAGAAGGCCGCUGCUGACAAGGCUGCUGCUGAAGCUGCCGAAGCAAAAGCGAAGCUUGAAGCAGAACUCGCUGCUGCCAAAGCGAAAGCAGAUGCUGAGCGAGCAGAGCGUCUCAAAGCAGCACGUGAACGAGCUCAAAGAGAUCGAGAGGCUCGUCUCAAGGCUGAAGCAGAGAAGGUCAAGGCUGAAGCAGAGAGGCUCAAGGUCGAGAAGAUCAAAGCUGAGAAGCUCCAAGCUGAGCAAAUAAAAGCUGAGGCAGAAAGGAUCAGAGCCGAAGCAGAGAGAAUCAAAGCUGAAGAAGCUGCUGCUGCUUCGGCUGCUGCCACUGCCGCUGCUGCUGCCGCUGCCGCUGCUGCCCCAGAGAUCACAUCGACCCGCAGAUCUACUACUUACGGUGGCGUUGGUGGCGGUGAACGACUUGAUCCCUAUGCAGGCGUAAGAAUGCCAGCUCCUGCUUCCGUCGCCUCUAGUCAAUCGUCUCCUAUCAAGGCUACCGUCACAUCUAAGAAAUCUUACGAGAAACCUACUGCAAAGUCUUACCUCAGCAGCGAAGACGGAAAGUCUUUUGUCCCGCCUCGGUCUACUGCUACUCGCUCACACGUUUCUUCCCAAUACUCCGAGUCUUCUUACGCACCUUCAGAGUCGACUACACGCACAACACCACCAGCUUCAAAAAGUGGGCCAUACGCGACAGCCGAUCCCAACAAGAUUGUCAUCAAGGCUGUCUAUCUUUUCAACGACUUGUUUCCAAAGCCCGUUGCUCAACUCGUAUCCAAUGUGGGCAAGGUAACCGACGGGCUCAUUCUGAAGAUUCAAUCCGAGGGUCUUUUCAUCGACGAUGAUGUGCGAGGCAUUCCACAGCGUGAGUGGGAUGUCAAGGCUUGGACGCUGAAAAUGGUAGAGACGGGCAAACAACCCGCCAAGAAUCUGCACAUCCUCCGAGCCUCUGUCCGCGACGCCGACGGCAAAAAAUACGUCUUCCUCAUUGACGAUAGCGAGAGCUGGAAACUGGCGCUUGGUCUGCAGCGUCUCCGCAAGGGCAGCCAAGUGCGUAGUAUGCAGAGUGCUCAGAUGGCUCCUAAUGAGAUGGCACGUGUACUCAACGCUGUGCCAUUGAUGGCCUUUUAGUGAGGAAAAGUUAUGGGUAAGGGUAUAUGUGUGAGUGCCGGCAAGAGGUUCGUUGUUGACUUGUAUUCUGGGAAGGUGGGGUCAAACACGGGUAAGAAAGGAACUCACUUAGUUAGGGAAAGAGAGAUGAUUACUAUGAUGAUGAGGACGAAGAAGAAGAACAAGCAUCGAACAGAGAACAAAAGUCAGGAUUUUGUUUGUUGUACCCUCGGAUAUCUGGGAGAAUGCACUUUGGUACCAGACUGCCUUCUUUCCUUCCUUUUUUUUCUUCUCGUCUUUUAUAUAUACCUCCCGCAUCGUCUUUAGCAUGAUGAGCAUCAGCGGCGGCGUUUUUUCUUUUCUGUUCUGUACUAGCUCGUUAUCAAUUCAACAUAUUGAUUAUGCUG